UCCUCCAAGUUGCUCCUGGCCUGGGUGUCCCUGAGGAGAAAAACAGGAGGAAAAGUGUUUUGGCCACUUAGCAUCGAGUGGUGUUAUAUUUGUGGGUGUAAGUUUUGUAUCCCUGUGUAAGAAAAAUGGAUGCUUUUUUAAAGGACAUCCUGGAGCCUUCAGAGCAGGAUGUGUUCAACAGCCUGACACGGAUGGAAACACCUUCUAUCAACACCUUCAGAAACCCAUGUGCAGAGCAUGAGAUGCCCUCAGCCAACCUCGGUCUGCCCAGCCACCUCAUCCAGCACCGCUGGCCGCAGCCUGCCUAUGUCACCCACACAGCCCCCAUGGUCAAGAUGCUCUUUGAACAGGAUGAAUGGAGAAGGGGCUCCUGCAGCAGCUCAGGAGAGACAGACACAAUCGGAGAGCCCGGGGAAACCGGUUCUGAGGAGGAAACCCAAGUGCCAUCGAAGCUGAGGAGAGGUAGCAUCCUCAGGGCUGGGAGGGGUUCUGUCCAAACACUCAUGCCUGAGAGCAGUUUGCCAUCGACAAGUGGUUGCCACAGGGUUAUUUUUGCAAGAAAACCUCCUCCGUGUGUGCUACCAAGUAGUUCCUUGGCAAGUUCCAGCAAGAAGAAAUGAUCUGCGUGCAGCUAGAAACAAAGAAAAGAAGAUGCUCUGUAGUGUUUGUCAGAGCGCAUUAAACUACACAUGCAAAUAGCA